UUCACAUUUGCUGUUUAUCCUCAGAGAAGCAAUGGAGGCACAGUUUGUAGAAGAAAGUGAUGGUCUAACAUUCUGGCUGGCCAGACCACAAGACUAUGAUGAGGUAAUGGUCAUAUCACAGGACAUCUACCAGGGCAAUGACUACCUUCCACAUCGCUAUCACACCUGGAUGACUGAGCGUGAAAGAGUGGUCAUUCUUGGCAAGAGGAAGUGGAAGCUAGUGGCACUGAACUCUGCACUGCUGGUUGAUGGAGGGCAAACUGUGGUGUUGGAGGGAUUAAGGGUGUGUCCUAGUGAAAGAGGACGCGGUGUGGCUGGAGUUAUUCAGAGAGUGACUGACCGCUACAUUAAGCAGGUUUACCCAAGUGUAACAACCAAACGACUGACAAGAAGUGACAACCCAGGACCUGAAAAACUCUCCAAGUUUAUUUUUCUGGCUUGCCGGGCUAUUCUGUCUUUGUUUGGAGAGGCUGAGAGAUUUAAAGGAUUUGUCUCAGGCCUGAAAACAAAACUGGAAAGCACAGAGAAGUCAGAUGGCAACAACCAAAAACUAUUUGUUCUGAAGGACAUCCAUCAGCUUAAGGCAAUACUCCUGGACCCUGAUCUUUCCUUGAGACUUCAGCUUCCAGGAGGUGCCAUCAUCCAAGACUGGCAGCCUCUGAAACCAAUGGAAAGCAACCUGGAAAUUUUAGAAAGGCGAAACCUAACUUGGAUGGUUGACUGUUUCGAUGAUAAACCAAUGUUUAUGAGCUUCCACACACCACCCUAUCCUGUUCCAUUUAAUGGAGGUUCUUUGAUGCUGAACAUAGACAUGUUUGGGACUGAUGUAUUCAUAGCGAAGAAAGCACUGAUAGCACAUUUAGAGCAGGUAAUUGAGGAGAUUCAUGGCUCUGUUGUGGUUCAUGUUUACAUGCCUCAAACCUUUUGGGAAGCUAUGAGACAGUUUUGUGAGGGAGAUGAAGGAGUAAAACAAUAUAUGGAUUACUGGGAGCAACAGUUUCUGGAGAAAGAGAUGUCAUAAUUAGUAGAGAUAGUGAGACAGAGAAUGAGAGAUGUCCUAGUGAUAUGGAGGAUGGUAGAAUUCAGAAUAGACAGCACUCAGUAGCAAUAUUUUUAGUAAAUAAGGUUCAUUGAUUUAUAGAAAUUUACUAGUUAAUUGUUAUACAGAGUUUCCCAAAGGUCUCCACACAAAAAUGUCUUCAAAAAUUUUUCAUGCUUAGUUUAUAUUAUGUAUAUUUUUUCCAGAUAGCCUUUAAGAAUGAAUUUGACAAAAGAAGAAUGUAUUGAAAUCAUUAUCAUGGAUAGAUUGGAAAGCUGCAUGCAACACCAGAUGUGUUAACACAAGUUCAUCAUGAGUGGGAGAGACAACUCUGUGUGUGUUUACAAAGAAAUGGCUAUCGUGUAGAGGAUGUUUUGUAAAUAAAGUUACAUUUUGCUAAAAAGUGUUAAUUGCCCCUAUGUCUGGAGACUUUUGGGACACACUGUAGUUAAAGUAAUUUAAUUUAUCCAGAAACACAGUUACAGUUACAGCAUAUACAGUGCAGUCAAAAAGUCUAAGACGUCUAGUGAAAAUGCUUCUAUAUUGCGUUCUUCUCUAAUUUAAUACAAUUUUCAUUACAAAUUAUGUUAUUCACAACAACUAGAGAGAAAAGUAGAAUCUUUGAAAUAUUUACAUGUAUAUUACAUUAUAUUAUCUAUCUAUCUAUCUAUCUAUCUAUCUAUCUAGGCUCAAAAGUAAUUGGACAAACUAACAAUCAUAAAUAUUACGAUUAUUUUUAAUACCUGUAUGCAAAUGAUUUGCAGUCAGUGACUGCCUUUCAGAGCUGUUUUGUGUUAUGUUAUGGCUGGUAUACUGCUCAAAAAAUAAAUAAAUAAAGGAACACUUAAUCAUUACAGUAUAAUACCAAGUCAAUUAAACUUCAGGGAUAUCAAUCUGUCCAGUUACGAAGCAUAAGUGAUUUUGAAUCAGUUUCACCUGCAUUGGUGCAAGUUUUGCAGGUGGUGGCCACAGACAAUUGCUCCCUCCUUAUCCUUCCUGACUGAUUUGUCUCUAGUUUUGUGUUUUGUUAGGGUCCUUGUCACUACUUCUAGCAUGAGACAGUACCUGCAACCCAAUCAGGUUGCACAAGAUGUCCAGCUUCUCCAGGAUGGCACAUCCAUACAUGUCGUUGCAAAGAGGUUUGUUGUGUCACCCAGCACAGUUUCAAGAGCAUGGAGGAGAUACCGGGAGACGGGCCGUUACACAAGGAGAGCUGGACAGGGCCAUAGAAGGGCAACAGCUCAGCAGCAGGACAGGUUUCUGCUCCUUUGUGCGAGGAGGAACAGGAGGAGCACUGCCAGAGCCCUACAAAAUGACCUCCUGCAGGCUACUGGUGUGCAUGUUUCUGACCAAACUGUCAGAAACAGACUCCAUGAGGGUGGCAUGAGGGCCCGAUGUCCUCUAGUGGGACCUGUGACCACAGCCCAGCACCGUGCAGCUCAAUUGGCAUUUGCCAGAGAACACCAGAAUUGGCAAGUCCACCACUGGUGCCCCGUUCUCUUCACGUAUGAGAGCAGGUUCACACUGAGUGAAAGAGUCUGGAGAUGCUGUGGGGAACGUUAUGCUGCCUGCAACAUCAUCCAGCAUGACUGGUUUGGCAGUGGGUCAGUGAUGGUCUGGGGAGGAAUAUUCUUGGAGGGUCACACAGACCUCCACGUGCUAGUCAACGGUACCCUUACUGCUGUUAGAUACGAGGAUGAAAUCUUCAGAGCCAUCGUCAGACCUUACACUGGUGCAGCGGGCCCUGGGUUCCUUCUGGUGCAUGACAAUGCCUGGCCUCAUGUGGCCAAAGUGUGUAGGCAGUUUCUGGAUGACGAAGGCAUUGAUGCCAUUGACUGGCCCUCACAUUCCCCAGACCUGAAUCCAAUUGAGAACCUCCGGAACGUUAUGUAUUGGCGCAUCCGAAGCCACCAAGUAGCACCACAGACUGUCCAGGAGCUCUGAUCCA